GACAGUACACAGGGAAGACGGUACAGGGACUCUCCCACCUGUGUCUCCUGUCAGCUGGGUGCCGGCCCCUGUCAGGCCGCCGGGCAGCUGUGGGAGGGCCGGGGGUGUGGGCAGCAGGCAGGGCGGGCACGGCCAGCGCCAAUCCGGGCCCGGACAUGUGUUUCUGCCUCUGCUGGAACGGGACAAGCUGUAAAGAGCUGGAGAACCUCCACCCACCAUCACCCCGGAGAGCAGGGGGAGCUUCAAGCCCAGUACACAGCGCGCUGCCAGGCUCCGGAUACACGGCGCUGCACCGCUCUGCCAGAGACCCUGCCCUAUUCUGCCCCUGCCUGGGUGGCUGUACAAUCCUCAGCAGUGCCCUGAGACUGUACGGCCAGCCCGGAGCCCACACGUCAAGGACCCGCUGCACCGCUGUCUACUUCUGUCGCUUCUUUCUCACUUUUUUUCCCCACAUUGUGGUCUUUUGUUUUUGUGCUGUUUGCUUUGUGGCCCCCGUGGUCCCGGGCCAGAGCAGCACCCAUUGCCCUUACCUUCUGGGACACUUGGCAGAAGCACAGAAUUGCUGCAAUCUAUAGUAUUGUCACUGUUUGUGACACAAGCCAUGGCUGCUGAAAAGGAGAAGAAGAGGAGCAGUUCAGAGAGGAGGAAGGAGAAGUCGCGGGAUGCGGCCAGGUGUCGGAGGAGUAAGGAGACGGAGGUAUUCUAUGAGUUGGCACAUCAGCUGCCGUUGCCUCAGAACAUCAGCUCACACUUGGACAAGGCUUCCAUUAUGCGAUUGACAAUCAGUUUCCUCCGCACACAAAAACUUUUAUCGUCCGUAUGCCCAGAGGGCGACAUCGACACAGACUCGGACAAGAAUAUAGACAGUUUGUAUCUAAAAGCUCUGGAGGGGUUUGUCGCCGUUGUGACUCAAGAUGGUGACAUGAUCUUCCUGUCUGAAAGCAUCAACAAGUACAUGGGCCUAACACAGGUUGAGUUAACAGGACACAGCAUCUUUGACUUCACCCACCCAUGUGAUCAUGAUGAAAUUAGAGAGAAUCUAACUUUGAAAAGUGGUGCAGGGAUCGGAAAGAAAAACAAAGAUGCAAACACUGAGCGUGACUUCUUUAUGAGGAUGAAGUGUACAGUCACCAACAGAGGCAGAACCGUAAAUCUGAAAUCUGCAACAUGGAAGGUGCUUCACUGUACUGGUCAUGUCAAAGUGUACAACUCCUACAACCCACACACACUCUGUGGCUACAAGGAUCCGUUACUGAAUUGCUUGGUGAUGACAUGUCAGCCCAUCCAACACCCCUCUAACAUUGACAUCCCGCUGGACAGUAAAACAUUCCUGAGCCGCCACAGCAUGGACAUGAAAUUCACCUAUUGCGAUGACAGAAUUGCUGAGUUGAUCGGGUAUCAUCCAGAGGAGCUGCUUGGGCGCUCUGCCUAUGAGUUUUAUCAUGCUUUGGAUUCAGAAAGUAUGACUAAAAGCCAUCAGAACUUAUGCACAAAAGGUCAAGUGGUCAGUGGUCAGUAUCGGAUGCUUGCAAAGCAUGGUGGCUACGUCUGGGUGGAAAGCGAAGGCACAGUCAUUUACAACACACGCAACUCUCAGCCACAGUGUAUCGUCUGCGUGAACUACGUGCUGAGUGAAAUUGAGAAGGACGAUGUUGUAUUUUCCAUGGACCAAACAGAGUCUCUGUUCAAACCACAGCAGAUGACCAUGAGCUCCGUCUUCAGCAGUGCCGUCCCCGAUAAGACGAGCGACUACUUGUUUGCCAAGCUUAAGGAGGAGCCGGAGGAGCUGGCACAGCUUGCUCCCACCGCAGGAGAUGAAAUCAUCUCCUUGGACUUUGGUGCUCCGACUUAUGAGGAACCAUCAACUUAUAACAGUGGUGCAAAGGCAAGCCCAAGCAGCUGGCCAUUGGAAGUCCAGAACCACAAGGCUGAUAUUAACCCUCCGUCCUUCAAAUCACCGCAGGCGGCUAAUGGAAGUGCUACACCCAGUGCUAGCAGUAACAGCAGUUGCUCUUCGCCAAGAAGCCCAGACGAAUAUUACACUACUCUGGAGGAAGAUCUCAAGAUUGAGCUGAUUGAAAAGCUUUUUGCUAUGGAUACAGAGGCAAAGAAUAAAUGUAAUACUACACAGAAUGACUUUAAUGAGCUUGAUCUUGAAACGCUUGCUCCUUACAUUCCGAUGGAUGGUGAAGACUUCCAGUUAAAUCCCAUAUGCCAAGAUGAAUGUCCCCUCGGUGACAGUGCUCAACUUCCCCAGCAGAACUUAAGUAGCAUGAAUGCACUCUUCCAGUCCGGUGCUCCCCCUCCUCAGAACCAGUGCCUUCACCGUAAUUUUUGUCCACCAAUGGCAGCUAAAGACAGUGAUCCUAAUCAGGAUUCUCUGCCCAUCAGGCUUUUUAAUGGUGAGAAGAAGACUCCUCCAUUAUUGGCGUACCAUACUGGUGCUAGUACUCCACUGUCUUCAAUAGGUGGCCGGCCUAAUACACAGUGGCCUCCAGACCCACCUGUCCCUUAUAUGCCAACGAAUUGGAGAUCAAUGAAUCCGUAUCCCGAGUCUCCAACCAACUCGGCUUUAGGACACCCAAUGCAUUUGCACAGCAUGUCAUUAUAUAAGCAAAGGUCACUUGACAGUUUUGGGCAACGAGAAAAGGAAAUACACCCCAAUGAGAACUUUUUCUGCAAUAGCAUAAAGAGAAAGCGGCAACAGGACUACGGGGACCAGAGCUUUCCGCAUCUCAAUGUGGGGGAGUUACCUGAUAAUGCCAUACCAUUGUUAAUGUGGAAAAGAAUGAAGUCCCUCAAAUCAGAAAUGUGUCCACUUGGCUCAGAAAAGAAGUCUCUGAGUACAAGUGUUCUAACAGAUGACUACAUCUGUAACAGACACAGAGGAUUAAGCCAGCACCUGACCCAGCAGUCACAGUCACAGCAGCCCUGUCCAUCCAGCUCCAGAAGCGACAGGAAAACUCCUUAUCCAGCCCCGUUUUUCAGCUGUAAUUACCAUGAUUACAACGUGCCACAGUCACAGAAAGCUACAGCUCUGACCAACCGUCUCAUUGGCCCUUCGUUUGAACCCUACCUGUUGCCAGAACUGACGAGAUAUGACUGUGAGGUUAAUGUCCCAGUGCUGGGUAACUCUAACCUCCUGCAAGGCUGUGACCUUCUCAGAGCUUUGGACCAGACCACCUGAAGACCAGCUGGACCAGACCACCUGAAGAAAGAGACUAAAUGUUUAUUGGCUUAUAACUGUUCAUACAAAAAGGCUUCACUUUCUAAAGAUAUCACUUUCUAAAGAUAUUUUUCAAAUAGCCAGUUUCUAUCACUGAUAAUCAUUGUACAAGAUUUACUUACAUACGGAACUUUGUUCACAGAACCAAAUAGUGGCCUUAUUGAAAUGAUAUCAUAUUGAAAAAACUAAAUAUGCAUAUUUUUUUUGCCUGCUGUAUUUUUACUUUAUUUGAAUAAAGUGUAUAGUAUAGAAGAUGUUUUACACACGUAUACCCCUGUAAAAGUAAUUUAUAUUUUUUUAAAUGGCCACAAAUGAUUUUUGUCAUAUAUAAAAUAAAUAAAUAUAUAUAUAUAUAUAUAUAUAUUUAUAUAUCCAUCUAUAUAUAUGUUUAUCCUGAAGUAUUGAGCUUGAAAAUGGAAGUUGUUACUGAUACAAAUAGGCACAUUGUGAUGAAUUAUUAUAAAACACGUGGCAGUGCCAAGUGUCGCCUUUUUGGUUGCAAAUGCCAUAGUAGAAUUCAAACAAAGUGGAAUUUCUUAUAGUAAAUGUGCCCAAUGAACACAGCUUGAUUCAGACUAGACAGACAUGUGGUUUUUAGAGUAUUGUGUGUGAGGGACUUUAAUAUAUAUACAUUCUAAACUCCAUUUCACCUUAAUGUUGGCUGUUUUCUAGUUCACGGGAAGAAUUAAUGAUUUACAGAAAAACCCUUUGUAAUAUUAUUAUGUAAUGUCACAAGGCUUAAAUUGGGCAAUUACCUAUAUUUUAGUGCUGUAGACUUGCAAUCAAGGCAACAGGACUGGUUUCUACCUACUGUAUCUGUUCUGUGAUCUAACCUAUUGUUUAAUGAAACUUGUGCAUUUAUAACAUGGCUAGGGACCAGAGUUUGUAUUCUAGAGUGUAGCUCAGGGUUCAUUGAUAGAGUUUAUUAUGACCUUCAAUUUUGUCACCAACUUUUACCUUUCAUACUACAUAACUCCAGUAACAUUCAUUUACAAGAAAGCAUUCCAAUUAAAUGCAAUAUUAAACUCUACGUGUAAGAUUUUUGUAUACAUUGACGCAUAAUUAUAUAUCAUUGUGGCCAGUCUGCCUUAGACCUUUACUUGAUCACAUUUGCAUGAGUGAUCGAAUGGACUACAGUAUCUCCAAUGAUAGCGGCAGUUGCACCAAGACAGACAAUACUACAGUAUAUAAUACUAACUAUAGCAUGGAAUGACAAAUGUAUAGGGAAUAGAGAAUCUGCAUUCUGCACAUUUGAGGUAAUUCCAAGUUGAUCGCAGCAUGAAAUUUUUUAGCAGUUGGGCAAAACCAUGUGCACUGCAGGGGGGGCAGAUAUAACAUCUGCAGAGAGAGUUAGAUUUGGGUGGGUUAUUUUGUUUCUGUGCAGGUUAAAUACUGGCUGCUUUAUUUUUACACUGCAAUUUAGAUUGCAGAUUGAACUCACCACACCCAAAUCUAUCUCUCUCUGCACAUGUUAUAUCUGCCCCCCUGCAGUGCACAUGGUUUUGCCCAACUGCUAAAAAAUUUCCUGCUGCGAUCAACUUGGAAUUACCCCCCUUGUAAAGAAGUCCAAAAAAAAACAAAACUUAACUAACCUGUUCUAUUUUCAGAUCAGAAAAGUUGAGAAUAAAAUGACCAAGUAUGUUAAUGUAUCUGUUAAGCAUUUCUCAUUUCCUGCUGGUGUUUUAUAUUAUCCAUAUGCUCUAAUUGUUCCCUUAUUUUUUAUUAUUUUACUAAUCUACACGGGGUUAAUGAUAAGGGCAUCUCCUGUAAUGUUGCACAAGUUACCAUAACAAACCUUGUAUGCACUCUUUGUAUAGACAGUUAAUACUGUUUGUGCUUAUUACAAUUAAUGCUUUAGGUAAAUGCUUGUUUUAUUGGUACAGUAUCUUUUUCAUUUGUACAGUGUUUUUCUGUCAGCAAGACUUUUGCUCAAAUGUUUGUAUUCUUCAAUGUGGCAACAGUUAUUGUUCAGUUAUUACUAUUAUUGCCUUAUGUAAUCUAUCCAAAGGAAUUUACUAUAAUUGUUAAUAACACAUUAUAAUGGCAAUCUUUCACUUUACUGCACAGUAGCUACUUUUAGAGUCUGUCUGUCACUUCCACACUGUAAAGGCGUCUCAACCAUUAGCCAAUCAGUCCACUAGUGACCAGUGAAUGGAUAGGCUAAUGCAGUUGAAUUUUGGUUCACAAUAUGAAAUAGAUGCCUCCACAGUUUGAAAGUGACUGGUGAACUUUUAGAUUCAAGAGAAUUAUUUUUUAUUUGCAUUAUGUUAUGGGUCUUUUUAUUGUUGUUAUUAUUAUUAUUAUUGUUAUUAAAGUUGUUAUUAUUAUUAUUAUUAUUAUACAUAUAAAUAUAAAGCUAUAUAUGUGUGUGUGUGUAUAUAUAUAUAUAUAUAUAUAUAUAUAUAUACACGCACACACGUGAUCAGGGUCUGAAAACUGUUAGCUUAACAUGCGUCAGUUGAUAGCUCUUCAAGUGCAAAUAGUCGGGUUGUUCUGCAAUAUUUUAGAGAGGGCAUUGUUUGUUUUCUUUUAUAUAUAUAUAUAUAUAUGUGUGUAAAGUUAUAGAUAUACAGUGUCAAGCCACUGUAGUGGCUCUUUUUGGCAAAUGCCUAGAUGGGCAUACUGACCCUUGCCACUCUCAGGAAUUGGCCAUAGCUUGGAUCCCCCAAGUCACCGUGCCGAUUUAUGAAGCAAGUUUUUUUACCCAGUUCUCAAUUUCCUAUUAUCUAAUCAGGGUUGUUCAUUUUAGUCCUCUGUGGUCUUUUCAGGGUGUUAGCUCUCCAAAAAGGUGCCUUAUUAUAAGAUAGAACUAAAGUUUGUAACAUUUCAUACAAAAAUAUACUGGUAGGUUAAAUGAUAAUUAACGAUAAUUAACCCCAGUGUGUAAGUGCGUGCAUGUACGUGUGUUUAGGGCAGACUAGAUGGGCUAAGAGGUUCUUAUCUGAUGUCAAAUUCUAUGUUUAUAAAAAGUAGCAUUGAUUAUAAUUCUGAGUGUCAACCACAUGAGUUAAGAAUGUGAAUUGGCUGGGUUUAUGUUAUUUGCUCCUAUUCUUGUCUUUUUGUUCUGGAGUCUUUCAUAAAUAUCAAGGUAGUGUUCCAGGUGUCUAAAAAUAAAUGGUCCAAUUUCCAGGAAAUUUAGAAUUGUGGUUACUGCAGUGUUAUUACAGACUACUGUCACUGCUGUAUUAGAUGGCACCUUAAUUCUGGAGCAGGCAGGAGACCACCUACAAUUGGUUCCUCAUCAUAGCUGGAAGCUUUAUUUACCUUUCUUUGGUUGACUCACCAGUGCAAAACACACUUGAAGAAAUUGACCCCCAAAGAAGCAUUUGUCAGCUGACCUGAUGUCCUGAGAAUCUGUGACAUCUCCUAACUAACUGAUUAGAUGCAUUCUCAACCUUACUAUUGCCUCAGCCUACAAAUGACUGCUUUCUUUCUGUUAAAAGCAUGCACCUAAAGAUGAUCAUUCCAACCGGCCCACUGGUUGGAACAAAAAUAUGGUAAUGUACUGUAAAGGAAAAUGGCCAAAAAUGUUGUUCCGUCAAACUAGUUAAAUUGAAACUGAUUUAGACAUCUUGUCUGAAUAAUAAUUUUUGUCCAUUUUACAGUGUUUGAGAACAAAUGGUCGUUUGUCGUUCGCUCUCAUCCAUAACCAGAUUUUCAUUCCAACAAGCCAAAUUGUUGGCUGGUUUGAAAGAUAAUCUUUAGGUGUGUGGCCAGCUUAAGCAGAAGCUGCACCUUAAGGAUACAGGGGUUGAUGUAUCAAGUAGUUAAAAGACUGGGCCAGUGGGGACGUUGGCCAUAGCAACCAAUCUGCUUUGAGGUAGCAUUUAUCAAGUACAGUCUAUAAAAUAAUAGUUAGAAGCUGAUAUGGUUCCUAUGGGCAAAUUCCGGGUGGGUCAAUUUCUCCACUCUUUACACUGUUUGAUACAUCACCCCACAGUAUUAGAAUAGUCAACAGUCCUCUCUACAUUUGGUUCUAAACUACAUCUUGCAUCCAUCAGUAAUGCAACACCCUCCUAAUAUUUACACUAUAUAUUGCAAGUGGCUCUUACAGUCAUUGUUUGGUCAGUUUCCUCUUCAAUAAAUAAUAAUUUGCAAAGCUUAGAAAAUAAGUAGAUGAACAGGAACUGCAUUUAUCUGGUCUGAAAAGAAAAUUUUUAUUGGUCAUUCCUGAAAAAUUUACAUUUCCUUGGGGGAAACUCUUGAAAUCUGAGAUUGCCCCUGGAAAUGAUGGACAGUUGGAGGUAGUAUAGUAUAAUACCCCUGGUCAUUAUGGUAACUGCCUAAAAAGCAGGGCUGCAUGUUUAAUUGGUAUAUAAUUUGAUUCUUGAUUGGUAUUUAUGAGGACCAUUAAGACAUUUAUUUACUAUUGCUAUUUUUAUGUCAGGAUUAGGGAACUUGCAACUCUUCUGGUUGUGGAACUAUAAAUCAGAGUUCCACAGUAGCUUCAGCAUUCUGCUCUAGGCAGUUAAGAACGAAUAUUAAACACUGGAAACUGUAAUCUAUGAAUUGAAUAAUAUAUUCUUCAUUGCAAACUGUGGUGCUUAUAUAAGUUAGUUUAGACAAAAUAUAUAACCCUUAACUGACAUCACAUAUAGACCAUGUUGCAAUUUUUGGACACUUGGUCUAAUCCAGAGGGGGACAUUUUUGAUUGUUUUGUGUUUUCUUGAAGUGACUAUCAAAAUGUGUUUUGUUUUUUUAAAUAAAGCUGCUUGCUUACAUUUUAUAUUAAAAACCCUUUUUUUGUCUUUUUAAUAUUUGUCUGGAAAUUUUAAUAAUGUUUAGAGGUGAGAAUUAGCUCUAUCUUUUAUGUUCUCAUUGGUAAAUGAUUUAGCAAUGAUUUAUAACCGUACAAAUAGGUAUCCGGUCUAUAGAUCUACGCUACAAAGGUCUACAGCCAAUAGGUCGACCACUAAUGGUAGCCAUGCAUUAGGUCGACAGUGACAAAAGGUCGACAUGUCAAUGGUCGACGGAAGUUGGGUUUUUUUGUUUGGUUUUUUUCAACUUUUUCAGACUUUACCAUCCACAUGGACUACGAUUGGGAAUAUUGGGCCUUAUUCAGUAUGGAUCGUUAUUCUGAGAAAUUGCAGUUGUCUGCGAGUAGAAAGGCGCUGCCCCGUGUAAGUUUGCGAAUGCAUCGCAGAGCGUGAUCCAUUUGCAGAUGCAUAUGCAAUUUUCUGAACAUCGAAACAUUUUUGCCUUCUGAGCAAAUGUAAGUAGGUCUGAGGCUGCCACUAAUCUGCGACUCAGGCAGCCUGGAAGUGGUAUGCGCUGACGUCAGAGACCCUCCCCAAAAACACCUUGGCACGCCUACAAUUUUUCUGACACACCCAGAAAACGGCAGGUUUCCACCCAGAAACGCAGGCUUCCUGUCAGUCAAACGGUGGCUACAUUGUGAUUAUGAUCUGUAAGCAAUUUCUGUCGCUAUUGCCCCACGCGUGUGCACAAUGCAAACGCUAUGCAUGCGCAGUCAUUCGUUAAUCGCUCAAUUUGCUAAUUUUCUAAUUAGCGAUCCAUGCUGAAUCACGCUCAUUAACCUGUGCCGAGCACAGCGAGGUAUCUUGCCCUCACUCGCCACGUGAGGGGACUUGGUGCUUGUUUCUGGCAGAAAAGUGACAAAACACCCUCAAAAAAUGUUUUUUAUCUAUUUUGUUUAGACAAUUUCCAUGUUGACCUUUUGACCCUGUCAAUUUUUUCUACUGUCUACCUAUUCUAUGUUGACCUUGUUGACAUUUUGACCCUGUCGACCUCAUACAUGUCUAUCAUUAGAGGUAGACCUAUUUACUGUAGAUCUUUUUACAAAUACAAUAGCAGAUAUGUGUUGUAGUGCAUAGUAACCAAUCACUCUAGGGAGACUAACCUAAUGGGUUGCUCUGGGUUACCGUGCAUUUCUGUUAUAUUGUUCAUCCAUAAACCUUUAAAUAGCUAUACUUGUGCUAGGCUUCAAAUGGUAUCUGGUCUCUAGGUCAACAGUGUCUAGGUCGACCACUAUUGGUUGACAGGGUUUCUAGGUCGACAUGUUCUAGGUCAAAAGGACGACAUAAGUUUUUUUUUUUUAAUCGUUUUUUUUUACUUUUUCAUACUUAACAAUCCACGCGGACUACAAGUGGGAAUAGUAACCUGUCCGAAGGAUGGCGAGCGAAGCGAGGGGACACGGUGCACUAAUUGGGGUUCCCGGUCACUGUACUGAAAAAACGACACCAAAAAAACAUAAAAAACUCAUGUCAACCAUGCAUCCCUGUUGACCUAGUUACUAUUGACAAAUAGUGGUCGACCUAGUUACUGUCGACCAUCAUACCACACCCGCUUCAUAUAUCAAGUCAGAAACAAAACAUGCUCAUCCCAGUCUAAACAUAGUAUUUGUAAUACAGUUCAUCUUGAACUAUACUUGUUGCCUACUAAAAGUGAAGACAUUUUUGGCUGCAACAAUAUUUAAGAGAAAUCCACCGAUCAUUUCACUAGAAACUAAUGACAUCACUGUGACUAUGAAUUCAGAGGUUUUAUGUACAUGAAUCGUGUUUGAACCUAUUCCUUAGCCUGUCCUUCCAAGACAACAGGUACUGGGGAUGUGAUGAUGCGUUUCGUAUUAUCAUGGCUGUUCCCCUGCAGUACAGUGAUGUGAUUUGCAUUACUGAGCGGUUGGGGGGGGGGGUUGGUUACAGCAUGUUGACACAAUUUACAGCAAAUGGCAGUAUCAUACUGUAUGCCUACUGAAUUUACUACAGAAGUAGGAAGGUUCUGGAAGAGUGACCUACUCUCCAGGACUCUGGGAGAACUCUUCAAAAAUUGUAAGUCUCAGAUAUUUUGGGAGAGUAGACAAGUAUGGUUUUACUUACAAAACUGCUACAUCCACUGUUUGUAGGAAACAAGUAAAGUUUAAUAUUCUGCUACAAAGCUUUGCUGAAAAGCUUCUCACGUGUACUUAACCAUGAGUUAAUAUGUUAUAACACCUUUUUGCUCCUUAAGUGUACUUGUGUCUAUUUUGCCAGUGCAAUAUUUGCUGUUACUUUAAACCAAAUUAAUUGUUUUAUUUUAUGUGCUCAACUUAGAGCUUUUUAGCCAAAGCGUGUAGUGUCCUCUGCAGGUUUGUGCACUUGAAGGGUAUAUCGCACGUUUGAAUAAUAUUGGUUUACUGUCUGUGUAGUUUGAGGGUAUGGGUCAUUAGGUUGACCACACUUAGGUCGACAGUCAUUAGGUCUACCACUAUUGGUCGACAUGGUCAAUAGGUCAACAUGUACUAGGACGACAUGGAAAAAGGUUGACAUGAGGUUUUUUUUACUGUUUUUGGUGUAAAAAGUGAGGUGGAACCCCAAUUAGUGCACUUUGUCCCCUCGCAUGGCUCGCUUCACUCGGGUUACAGUUCCCAAUUGUAGUCCACGUGGAUCGUAAAGUAUGAAAAAGUUCAAAAAGUUUUAAUUUUUUUUUAAAAACUCAUGUUGACCUUUUUCCAUGUCUACCUAGUACAUGUCGGCCUAUUGACCAUGUUGACAUAUUUUAUGUCGACCAAUAGUGGUCAACCUAAGUGCUGUCGACCUAAUGACCGUAACCCGUAGUUAGAGCACCAGCACCUUUCUGUCCUUGCAGUUUGCCAACUAUUUCAGACAGUUCGACAACUGGUAUUAAUCAAAUCUAUCAGCGUAGUAAUGAUUUCUUAUCACUAUGUGGCAGAAUGUUGAUGAUAUCACUGUAUGGAAAGUGAUUGAUAUGGAAAUGUAUUAUAACAUUGAUACAUUAUUAAAGUUUACUGAUCUUUCA